AGCUUGAAUUACACCCCUUGAAAAUAACCCAAAAGUCAAUCUACAUUUCUUGUUGUUUAUACCCGUACUAGGUCGGUGUUGUCUUUUACCUCCCUAAAAAUUUGUGGUUUAUUAGCCCAUUGUUCUCGUGGUUUCGCUGUCGUCCGACACCUCUGCACAAUUACGCAUGUCUGGAAGAAUGUUUUCUAAUUUCUUACGUGCAAUAGACUUACAGUGGAAGGGUUUUUUGUACGGCUGAAGUCCGUGUCCGUGUCGUCGCAACCCGACCAAGCAGAGCGCGCGGACCAAGAGGAUCAGCAAUUCCCAUGGACGAACAAAAUCUUCACCGCGCUGUCAGUCUUACCAGCAGCACGACCUCCCCGAAGAUGAGAAGAACUACAUCAAAGCGGACUACCCCAGGACCAGCGACGGGGGUCGUGCAACAGCUUCUGCGACUGGCUGUCGCCAGUACUACAGCAACAACAUCAUGCGGAGGUCCGUGGCCCUGGUCGUUUCUAGUACAACUCCAAGACGCUGGUUGUCCUGGCACCAGCUGCAACGAUAUAGCAUCAUCGACUACAGUAAAAAAUAUGGGAGCAGGAGUUUUAUUAGUUUCGGCGUUUCAGGUUCGUCUGCAACAGCAAAAGAAAGCGACCACGAUGAAAAAGCGCGUAAUACAGACAAAGCGUGGACGAGGCGGACAAAAUGCGCCUGCUCAAAAGAUACCGAAGAACCAAAGUGCGCGGCCUGCUAUAAAGGCAUUACCUAAAAAAGUAAAUGACCAUGACGGACAGAGAGCAAAAGGUCGUAAUGGUAGAGUUGCUCCGCCCGUGGUCGUGGAUCCCGCAGUUGUCACAGAAGAUGUAGUAGAUCCUGGUGUUGCUGACGACCCUGCAAAUGGUAGAACAAUCACGACGACGGAUCAUGCUACUAGUACAGUGACAGUAAAGGACGACGAUAGAAGCACUGAGCAAGCAACAAAUACUAACCGGGGAGUCGUGGAGGAAGACGAAGAUAAUGCAAGCGUUUUGAGUUUGACAUCAACUUCUUUUGCGACGUCAUCUCCCACUACCAGAAGAACCAGCAAAGACCUAGUAUCUGCGGAAAAAUCCGAAUCAGCCAAGGAUUACGAUUACCUCACAAAAGUCCACGAUAGUUCCCUCGCAGCAACUUCUACAUCUCUACUCAGCACACAAUCCUCGUCCUCCCACCUCGACGUUUGUGCUUCGGAGACUGCCACCUGUGCCCAGGGCAAGUACCGCGAACCGGUAAACCCGCUCUGCAAGUGCCCGCAUACCAAGCCGCUGUGUCUCAUGCUGGGUCACUUUGACGGACGCUGUUUCGAGAGCAAGGAGGCGUGUCAGAAAGAUGAGACACUACUAGUUGAUGAGCAAUAUCCGGAAUGCCUCACUGUUGGUGAGCACAUGCGCUGCCCGGAGUGCUUGGAAAAUGCUAAUGUGAAACGGGCGGUGACAGAAGAACUGUGUGUAGCGCACGAUGCGUGUGUAGCCGCCGUCUGGGACACGGAGAAAAUGGGAGAACCUCCUAUUUUAUCCCAUACAGGCCUGCCUUUCCUGGAAGACGAAGAGCCACCUUUGCUGGAAGCGCUGGGCGUGCAGCAGGGAAAAAACACAGUUGCGGAAGCGAUUUGUUGUCCGAGCGAUAAAAGCACGACCACCUCCGGUGAACAAUCCUCGGAGAUUGUACUUACGAAAACGAAAAAGAGCUACACGUUGUAUGACUAUCAGCUGCCUCUGUCUUCUAGUCCGCUUGAUAAGUGAUAGUUGCGCAAAGUGAAGUUCAUCAUCUGCAUAAGGAACUCAAAACAGCAACUUUCAAGAACAUCGACUGCGUUAUGUUUCUUAUCAGGGCACGGGCACGACCCAAAAAACCCACUGAUAGCUGUACAACUGCAAAAGUUCUCUUUUCCUUCCCAUACUUCGUUCCCAAGCGUGCUGCCUCAGCCACCCGGACCUGAAUGUGAAGCCUUUCAAAUCUUUCCUGGGCACGAGCGCAUCUGCAGGAUCAUCAGCAGCCGCAGACCUUUCGCUUUCCUCCACCAACAACACUUCUAGUCCAGAACAGGGACUAGGCGGGAACGGCUAUAGUCCAGGAGGUGCGGUGCAGUUCCUUCCAAAUACCUCAGCGCAAAGCCAAACGGCCGCUGUACCACCAGCAUCUGGAGAAGAAGCGGCUCCAAAAACGGGAAGUAGCGGCACGACGGCCGAAGGAGGUGCCGGCGCAGUAGAUACCAGUGGCGCGGUCUGCGACACCGGGUUGGUGAUUUCGAUCCUGGUAUCCAUCAUCGUCACGGUCAUCGUGGUCACCUCCGCCGUCGUAUCAAAUGUAGAAGUGUCUGGGUCUGGAAGGAUGCGCGAUUUGUCAUGCAGCUCUUCCAUGACCCGUGAACGUGAAGCCUGGAACGCAGGACCUAGCAUGACAGAUUCUGCGCGAUCUCUCUCAUGCCUAUCCUGCAUGAGAGCCUCCGUCCCGACUUGGUCAAAACUGGACGACUUUUGGUAAUCAUGCAACACAGAUUUUUGCAUGCUUCAGAUUUAGCAUGACAAGUUGCAUUCUUCCAGACCCGGACAUCUUUACAUUUGAUACGUCGCACUCUACUGCUACUUCUGCGUGAUGGGGAAAGACGGGUAUCUCAGCAUGCCCGGCGUGGCGGACAAGAAGAAGAAAAACAAGAAGAACAAAAAUGUAUCCUGUGAAAAAACGUCCACUAGUACAACACCCCAGAGUUGUCAUGCAGAUGUUCAAUGACAGGAGCACUUGUAAUGGGCAUCAGCAAGGGCAACGACAAGGGAGGCAUGUCCAUUCGCGUUUUGGUAUUUGUAAUGCUGCGAACAGCAACAUGAUGUCAUGUGGAAAUGGCUUUGUGAAGAUCCACGUCUGCUGUCCUUACUUCUCACGUGCACUACAAAACAGCGAGAAAGAACUUUUCAUGCGUGAUUCCCAAAAUAAGUUGUGGAUUUGUGUUGCAGAGGCCCAGGCCCCAACAACUUGGUUUCGUUGUGAGGACGUUUUUAUCCAGGAUAAAACGCCAUCGGGAAGAAGUCCACCCGCGCUACGCUGGCCGACCUGGUCCGCAGCGAAAUCUCGAAGUCCGGCGUCUUCGACGCAGACGUUGCGGACGAUCCGAACGCGAGCCGGAAAAAAUCCAUUACCGUGCCAGACCGGCCACCCACCAUCGCGCUCGACCCGGAACGCCCCGUGUCGUUUGCGGAUUGAGCUCAGAUAGAAGAGGAGGUCUUUUUUUAUACAGAAGUGUUUCUCAACCUCAACAUCGACGCAGCGGGAGAAUGUUGACGUUGACGUGUGAAAAACCAAUAGAGCGGUGCAUUUUUUGCACUUUGUUUCAUCAUACUGCACUCACUAAUAUCAUUAUCACGUCGUAUUUCUAUGUACCAAAUUUCAAUUUCUGUCUUUAGUUCCCCACUUUCUUUUUUGUAGGUUCGAAUCGUGCUAUCGUCCCCAACUGAUUUUGAUAACUACAAGAACGUCUUCCUCAGUUGUACCAGUUGCAGUUUUGAGUUUUCUGGCUGUAGAUUUUAUUGAACUUUAAGUGUAAAACUAAAAAUCGCGCUCCUGUUGUAUUUAGAAUUCCCUCAUCGGCAUCGUAACACGACACAUUUUAAACAGUUCAAAUCAUACACACUGCAUUCAUCUCGUCUAUUGUCCAAU